AUGCAGUCUACAACUCCAUCACCGGCUGCAAAGCCUACACAAGCCGCACCAGCAAUCCAAUACCCCAAACUCAGCAACCCCUUCACCUCCUUCUUCACAACCUACCGCACCUCCCUCCGCGACUCCGCCACCGAGUCUCUCCUCUCCGCCCGCGCCAGUCUCCUCGACUCCAAGGACUUCUCCGCCGCCGACAAAAUCGAGGACGCCAUCCUAGCGUCCAAAAACCAGCAAGGGAUCGACCGCUCGUCCAUCGGAGGCGACAAGCCGUUCCCGAGCAGGAACGGCCAUGCGUGCCGCGAGGUGAUGCAGGCGAGGGAGAUGUUGGAGAGGGCUGGGGAUCAGAAGGGCGUGGAGAGGUGUGAGGAGAUCAUGGAGAGGGUUUUCGCGAAGGCGUGUCUUGGGAAUGCGAUGUUGGGACGGGAGUGGCAUUCUGCUUAG